AUGUCUUCCAAAUUGGUUCGUAAAGGCCUUGAUCUUGUGAUCGGGGAAGGAGUAUCAAGAUCUCAAAAACAGAAGUUAAAACAGAAGGAGAAACAACUCGCUAAGAAGCAGAAAAGAACUUCGAGAGGAAACAAACAGAAACAAUCACGCGCACGUGAAGUAAGAGGCUUGCAGUUAUCAUCAGGUACUGAAGUAAUACAGCUUUGGAUCUCGUUUUUAAAAUGGAGUAUUAAGAUUGUUCUCUCGUUAUUUCCUUUCACGAAGAUCCUUUAGGAACGCAGUGUUUAUGUAAGGGCAGAAUGUAUUACAAAGUUGUGUGACAAAUCACAAGCUUUUGCAAGAGAGAGAAGUUUCAUAAGGCACUAUAUAGUUUCCUUAUUAUGUUCUUAGCCUUUUUAGCUCUAAAAAUUAAUUAGACUACAUUGUUUUACAAGUUUUGGUGAUAGUAUCGUUCAUGCUUUUCUCAAAUUUUCAUAACAAAACAUCCAAGGUCUCUCCUUAGAGGCCAUGUGUAUUUUACCCCAUAGUAGCACUACUACAACCCUUGGAAACUUCCUUAAAUUCAGCUUUUAUGCGAUGGUGACCAUAAACCGAUUUGAUUUUGCUGAGCACCAUACUUUAAUAUUUUAAGUUGGAGUCCACAUAUUACCACUUGCCCUGUGAUAAACUUGUAGAAAUAUCAGUUGCACAGGGUCAGAGACACCUGAAUGUUGCAACAGCUGAAGAUGGCUCUGAGAGAGUGGAGUGGGAGGAACUUGACACCACCUCAGUUUGGACAGAGGCUUAGGUCAAAUCUUAUUGAGAACCUCACAAUAUGUCACCAACCCCAACAGAGAAUUUGAAAGCAGUCUUCACAGUAAUGAACACCACUUAAGCAGAAGUGAAAGCAAAGUUGGUAGAGCACUGUACCAGUAUUGCAGAGGUCAUGGGUUCAAAUCCCAUUCAAGUCUGAAUUUUUCUUUAGGCAAUAUUUUCACUACUGCGUAAGUGGUGUUCAUUACCACAAAGAUCCCUUUCAAAUCCAUUUUUAAACCACAGUUCACUUAUAUGAUUUCCAUAUAUUUCCAGUCAUUUAUUCCCAAUGUUGUCUGGUACAUUCUCAAACUCAUUUAUAAUUAAUGCUGAGAAAACAAAGGAAAUUACAACCGUGAAGGAGGUUUGGAUAUGUGAUCUUAAUUAUCAUAAAAUCUGGUGAACUUUUGCCUCAAGAAUUAUUAAUGGUUUGAGAAGUUUUCAAACAUUCAAGUUCUUUCCAAACACCUUGGUUGGUUCUGAUUUUUCUCAACCACUUCUCGGUGUUUGGACAUCAGAUGAAACACUAUAUAUUAUUUUCACCCCAAUUCUUCCCUAGAUACUUUUGUUUUCAAUCAAGUUCUUUAAGGGUUCUGAUUUGAAUUGUAAAUACUAUAAUUAUUUACAGGCCAGAAAAGAAAGACACAAGAAGUUGACUUUACAGAGGAGAACUUAGAAUACUUCAAGAAUGCCACAUGGAAGAUCAAGAAGGACACUUAUGACAAAGUAUUGUCACAAAUGAUUACUUUCCAUUACUGUAUUGAAAGCUUUAUCUUCUAAAACUUGUGUAGACAAAUGUACCUCAAGCAGAGGAAAUCUUUGUAAAAAUAACAGCCAAAGACAUACAUGGUUAGUCACUAGCUGACAUGUCACUAGUUUGGGCGAAUUUAGCAGUUGGCAAAAUGCAAUAGAUGUAGGUACACUGGGUGAUCUUCCUCUCUGAAUAUAGCAAAUUUGCUUUCAAAUUCCUAAUCCUUUCCAAAUCAACUGUUCAUGCUCUAAUGAGCUUUCAGGAAGUUUAUUGGAGGAAUUACUUUACCUGCUUUUAAUAAUCCUUAGGAGAUUUAAGAUAUAUACUUCUCUGCACCAUUGAAUCAUUUCUGAGUAUUAAAUAAGACAGUUUGAAAGAAAAUAAACAUCAAGAAUAGGAUACAGCAUUUUGUUGUCUUUUGGCUAUUGACAAUUGCAAAUUCUUUUUAAUGUUUAUUGCGUAUAGACAGAGCCAGUUACUUGAAGUAAUACCACUUACUAAACCAUCUCUAAUCUGAUGAUUUGGUUUUACCAACUGAGUUGAUAAUGGAAAGUGGUCACCAUAGCGAGUUGCUAAAGCUAGCAGUUUGAGUGUUAGCCCUUCAACAGCAUAAAUGGGGAAGGGCUAACCUUGUAACAAAGGGCUGAUGGUCAAAAUGUCAGCUUUGAAAACUCUUUACAGUGGCCAAUUUUCAUUAUCAACUCAGUUAAUACAACCAAAUUAUCUUGUAAAAUCUUUGCCAAUGCAAAACUACAAUUUCUUUAGAAAUUUACACCCUUAAUUCAUCUUUACCAAUUGACCAAAUAUUUUAUCUAGCAAAUUGAUGAAAAUUUUUUAAGGAAACAAUGCGAUGCCUCAGUGUCAAGUUCUUGUGAUUAUUCAUUUCUUUCAAACUGUUUUCUACAUCUCCUUAACCCUUUAACUCCAAGAAGUGAUCAACAUGAAACUUCUCUGUAUUAUAUCCAUACGUAAUUUGGCAAAAAGGUCAUGAGAAUAUUCAAAUUUAUCAAGUAGAAGUUGUGGCCUUGAUCUAACACCAAAUUCUUGUAACCAAUUUACAAGAAAGCUCCUAGAGGGGAGAAUUAACAAUCAGAUCUUGGGAGUUAAAGAUUAAUCAAGAUUUUAAAUUAUAAAAGAAAGUUAAAUAUUACUCUUACUAUACAAAACUGAUUUUCCUUCAGUUUAUAAAUUUAAAAAAUAGGGCAAUGAUGCUACUAAAUUUUUUUCAAAAAUUUGUAGCUGAUUUUGCCCUUUAAAUAAAUUUAAAACAUUAUGUACGACAAUAUUCUGUUUUAAAAAUCAUCCUUGAAUUUUUGUCAGUUAAAUUCUGUAAAUUGUAUGUUAUUUUAAUGUUUAUAUUUUGUUUCUGUCUUCAAGAUUUUAGAAAGGCAAAGUAAAUUCCAAAGGAAAAAAACCAAAGAUGAAAAAGUUGAUGACUCAGAUGCUGAAGAACCAGGAGGUCUGUUUGAUGACUGA